ACAGGUGAAACUGAUUGACUACAUCCACAGACAACGGCAGUGUAAGCUGAGCGUGCCCCUGAACGACAGGACAGCAGAGCUCAACAGCUACCCAAGAUUCAAUGACUGGUUAGACAUUGUCAAUGUGAGGAAAGAAGUUGUACAGAGGAUACCAGAGGAGCUAACCUUAGAUGCCUUACUAGAAAUGAAUGAGUCAAAGGUGAAAGAAACAAUGAAGAGAUGUGGUGCCAGAGAUGAGGAGUGCUCCCGACUCAAUGGGGCACUGAGCUGCUUACGGAAGGUGACUGAAUCAGGCGGGGAGUUGAAAGAUGAUGUGCUCAUGAAUCUUCCUGAGGCACGCCGAGAGAACAGCUCUGCAACCACGACCGAGUCCCCCUGCUCCUCUGCUCUCCCCUGGACUCCCUCUGCCCUGCACCUGCCCAAGGGCAACAGCCAGCAGGCACGGUCCGUGUCCGUAUCUACGAUCCCAUCUUCAGAUUCUCUUGCCUCGAGUCAUGGACCUUCUAUCUAUGCAGAAAACCUCCUGGACCCUUUUGCAUUCCCUGCACACAGUGGCAGGCUGACGCCAAGGACUCCUCACAGCAUCACCAUCACUCCCCCAACCACUCCUCAAGCCAAGAGGAGGCAUAAGUUGAAGCCACCACGGACUCCUCCUCCUCCUUGCCGGAAGGUUUUUCAGCUGCUACCUAACUUUCCAACCCUCACAAGGAGCAAGUCCCAUGAAUCACAGUUGGGAAACAGGAUAGAUGAAGUUCCUCCAAUAAAGUUCGAACUCUCCCAAGGAUCCCCUCAAAUGGUACGAAGAGACUUUGGCUUAGCUGUAACGCACAGGUUCUCUACAAAGUCUUGGUUAUCUCAGAUAUGCCAAGUCUGUCAGAAAAGCAUGAUGUUCGGGGUGAAGUGUAAGUACUGCAGAUUAAAAUGUCACAACAAAUGUACUAAAGAGGCACCUGCUUGUAGAAUAUCUUUCCUUCCCAUAACAAAAAUAAGAAGAACAGAGUCUGUCCCUUCUGAUAUCAACAAUCCAGUAGACAGACCAACAGAACCACAGUUUGGAACUCUUCCCAAAGCACUAACUAAAAAGGAUCAUCCAUCAGCAAUAAAUCAUCUGGACUCUAGCAGUAAUCCUUCUUCUACAACCUCAUCCACACCAUCUUCUCCAGCACCUUUCCAGUCUUCCAACCCUCCCAGUGCAACACCUCCCCCAAACCCAUCUCCGAUGGGCCAGAGGGACGGACGGUUCAACUUCCCAGCUGCCUACUACAUUCAGCAUAGACAACAAUUUAUCUUCCCAGAAAUUCCCAGUCCUGCACAAACAGCACAGCCACCAGAAACAGCUGCAGACACUAAUGCUCAUCAACAGCCAGACACAGACGGAGUUGAAGGUGAAGCAGAGGUGGAAGAGCCGGAGACUAAUAAAUCAGAACCUGAGGAUGAUGAGGAUGAGGUGGAAGAUUUGCCGAACAGACGGCCACACCUGCAAGGGAUGAUUUAUCGCAAACCCAGCCAGACGAGCGUCUACCUGCAAGAAUGGGACAUUCCCUUUGAACAGAUUGAACUGGGGGAUCCUAUCGGCCAAGGCCGGUGGGGGAAGGUGUACAAGGGCAAGUGGCACGGGGAGGUGGCCAUCAGGCUGCUGGAGAUCGAUGGCAACAAUCAGGAUCAUCUCAAGCUCUUUAAAAAGGAGGUGAUGAACUACAGACAGACCCGGCAUGAGAAUGUGGUCCUGUUCAUGGGAGCGUGCAUGAACCCUCCUCACUUAGCAAUCAUUACCAG